AUGAAUCACAGUAAGGUGAUAAUAACUGCUCAACAUCGCCAAGUUUGUACCUUGAAUGGAGCAGAAAGGAUGAUUGAGGUAGGCCUGUUAUCCCGGGAUGAGGCAUGGAAGAUGUUCUGUAACACUGUAGGUCCUGUGAUUGAUCUCCCGGACAUUCCAGAGAUAGCUCGGCGUGUAUGUAACAAGUGCUCUUGUCUUCCCCUUCUGAUACAAAAGAUAGCACGCUCUUUCAGAUUGAAAAAGAGUGCUUCCAGCUGGAGGGUAGGACUGGAAGAUCUUGAAGAGCGAUGGCCGGAUUAUGAGAAUCAAGGCGUAAGUGAGUUGUACUCAUUCUUGACGUUCUGUUAUGAUGAAUUGAAAGAUGAAAACAAACAGAAAUGCUUUCUGUAUGCUUCCCUGUACCCUGCCAAUUGCAAGGUUUAUACUGACUAUUUGGUGGAGUGUUGGGCGGCUCAGAACAUGGUGAUGUUAACAACACAAGGAAAUACCAAAAGGCACGCGAUCGUGGUCAGGCGAUAUUGGAACAUCUUACUGAUGUCUCUCUUCUGGAUAGAGGAAAACAGAUGA